UUGCGGGUGGAGAUAAUGAAGACAGGGCCUCCUCCUCAACCAAACCCUUGACUGACAGUUAAAUUGAUGCAUAUUUUGAAGAAGGACACCUGCUGCAGACUUUCAAGGAAAAGACAUCCCCUUAAUAAGGACUCUGAUGAAGAUGUGACUUUCACGUCGAAACGGACGGAGCCUACCCCCAGGCAGAGGACAGAGACCAACUGGUGGCAGUUUGGGUGGAGGAGGGUGUGUCUUGUCUGUGAUCUGUAAGCAGAGAGAGAGGGGUCAUGAAGUCAUGAAGCUGAAAACAGAAGAGAAAAUGGCCUCAUGGUCCUUAUUCCUGUUUGUUGUAGAUUUGGGAUGGGAGUGUCAUGGAGGAGAAGGAGCAGCCCAAAGGAGAGCCUCAUUUUGUGGGAAAGAAGGAUGAACUAAUCGAUGCGAAGCAUUCUGUCAGAACACUGGAGGGACGGGAUGUCCUGAUUGUCUAUCAUCAAGGAGUCUUCUAUGCUAUAGACUGUUACUGUUACCAUGCUGGAGGAAAUCUGCAGAAUGGAGAUAUUGAGGAACUGGGUGGCAAGGUGUGCAUAAUUUGUCCAAAGCACAAGUACAAGAUCUCUUUGGCUGAAGGGGAAGGCCUGUACAAGGCCAAAGUCCAUGGGGAACUGUUGCCUGCUGCCAGAUGGAUGUCCAAAGGGGUGAAACAACGGGUCCACACCGUCUCUGAGACCAAUGGGAACAUCUAUGUGAAACUGUCUGACAAUCCGAGCAGUAUCGAGUCGGACUUUUACCAAGGAGAGAAGGGCAAAGUGGAGAGGGAAAAAGCUGAGGCUGCUGAGAAGGCAAAAUCUUGAUAGGAACAUAGAUCUUCUGAUCUGGGUUGUAUGUGGAUAGUGUGUGCUUGUUUCCUCUGAUCUUGAAUGAAGCGAUAUUAUAGGUUUGGUGACACACACAUACUGUAAUCCUUCCUCAACUAAUCAUUCAGGCAGCCAUGGACUACCUUUAACCCCCACCAACCUUAAUGUGAAAUGUGCAAACAUGCCUAUUCCAACAAAAAGGAGAU